GCUACCGCGACGGCCUCGCUACUGGCGCGUACGAUCAUGACAGUGACGGUGUUGGAGAGCCAGCUGCCGCUCGUCGACGCGCCGCCCUCCUCCUCCUCUCCGCUCCGCUCCGGAUCGUCCCGCCGCUCGAUUCUCGUCGCUGACCGCGCCACCUGCGACCUGCACGUCCUCGGCCUCGACGGGCGGCUCCGUGUCUGGUCGCAGCACGAGGCGACGCUCCGCUGCGUGCGGACGCUCGCGCCGGCCGUCGUCCCUCCUCAGCUCGCCGCGAACCCGGGCGCCUUCUGGAGGCACCCCUCGCGCACGCAGGCGCAGCUCGUCGCAGACGCCUCGGGCGGCUCCGUCGCCGCGCCCUCGCUCCCGCCGCCCCUGAUGCGAGACCCGCUCGAGCUGCUCGCGCCGACGACACCCGGCGAGGGGCGGCUGAUGGCCGUGGUGGGCGCGGCCGGCGUCGGCGUGCUGGCGCUUCCCGCCGACGGCACGCCCGGCCGCCGCGCCGCCGCCGCCUCCUCGGACGAGGUGUGUGACCUGCUCGGCCGGCUCGGGCUCGGACGGUUUGCGGCGCCGCUCAAGUCUCUCGGGUACGAGUCGCUGACCGCGCUGCACGCGCUGAGCCCGGAGGAGCGGCGGGCGCUCGCGUCCGAGGCUAGCAUGGCGCCGGGCCACGCGCGCACGCUCUCCCUCUACCUGGACGGGAGGCUGCAGCCGCCGCCCGAGCCGGCGGCGGCGAGCAGCGCGGCGGAGGCGGAGGAGGAGGAGGAGGUUGCGUGGAUGAUCCCGAUCCCGGCGGCGGCGCUGCGGCAGCCCUCGGCCGACGCUGGGCGAGUGACGCACGCGGCGGCGUCGCCCUUCGUGCCGCGCGGCGGCAGCGGCGGCGGCGGAAGCGGCGGCGUGCGGGUGCUUCAGGCGGCGUGGCACCCGCUCUCUUGCAGCCACUUGUGCGUGCUCACCUCGGACUCGCGGUUGCUGCUCUUCGACGCGCGGAGCAGCCUCCACGCGCCCGACGAGGCGCUCGAGGUGCCGGCUCGCCCCGACGAGGCCGUCGUCGCCUUCUCCUUCGCCUCCCCCUCCGCCGCGGGCUGGGCAUCGCUCGCUGUCUGCGCCGCAGCAAGCUCCUCGCACAAGGAGGCUGGUGGGCUGGCGGCGGUGCGCGAGGCGCUCGAGGCUGCGACGCAAAAGGCGCUGUACGCCGCGGCACUGCAGUCCAACCUCGAGGCGCGUGCGGCGCUGCUGCGCAACCUGCUACGCUCGCCGGGCCUGUGGCCGCAGGUGCCUCUCGCGCCAUAUCUCCCCAUAUCUCCUAUAUCUCCCUAUAUCUCCCUAUAUCUCCCAUAUGGCCUGUGGCCGCAGGUGCCUCUCGCGCCAGCCGAGCGAGCGCAGCACGCCGCGCUCGGCAGGUUGCAGCAGCGCGUCGCCGCCCUCCGCCCGCAGCUGCGGGCGGUGGCCGCCGCCGGCAAAGCCGCGCCGCCCCUCGCCGCCCCCGCGCCUGGCGGCGCGAGCCUCGCCGGCGCGUCGGGCGAGCUCGGCCGGCAGGCGCAAGCGAUCAGCAAGCUCGUCUCGGAGGUCAAGGCGUCGCGGUCGCUGCUCGCCGAGGCUCUGGCGCAGGCGUAGAGCGGAGGUGCCCCGAGGGGGGGGUUAGUGCAGGGAGGGGCGCCCGGCCAGGCUGGGUGCGCGGCGAGUUAUCGGCCUGCUACGCUCUUGAGAGCCCCCCCUUCUACAACUUUUCAUGCUGUCCACGGGUCACCUUUCACACGUGCAGCGAGGUGAGAGGAUGCAGAUUGGGUGUGUGUGCCCCGGUGCGCGCCCCCCCUCUGGGCAAAUGCAUGUGUGCAUGUGCAUGUGCAUGCACAUGCAAUCGUGAUCAGUCCCGCUAUGGAUAUGCCCAACCCACAAAAUGAAUACGC